CCAAUCCAUUAUUAUUAUUAUGAGUACCAUUGUUUCAGAGGGUGUCCGUCUCCCAAAUCCACACUAGAAGCCAGUUCCACAGCAGAGGGGCCUGAAAGCUGAAGGCUCAGCUUUCUGUUGUGCUUCUAAAUACUGUAGGAACCGCAAGUAAGCCUGCAGUGUGAGAGCAAAGUGCUCUAAUGGGAUAGUGUGAUGCUAUGAGAUCUUUAAGCUAUGAUGGGGCCUGAUCAGUCAAGACUCCUUCCUCUGUUCUUGUUUCACUGUGAUGUUACAAAGAUCUGUUUUGUGUCCCAGCCGAUCAGCAGGAGGAGAAGAGUCUGACGGAGCACCAGACGAACAUUUUCAACCAUUCGGACUCAGCUCAGCUGCUACAGUGGACAAAAAUGUCAUCAACACAAAAGGACCAACAUGGAGCGAGAAGUCAGCGCUCUCAGGAGGCCGACAAACCUCACGGAAGAAAGGAAGAGAAAACAUACAGUUGUGAUGAGUGUGGGAAGGAUUUUACCCAGUCUGGAAAUUUAAAAAAACACCAACUCAUGCACAGUGGAGUUAAAGCGCACAGCUGUGACUUGUGUGGAAAGUCUUUUACCCAUGCUGGAAGCUUUAAAAGACACCAAAUCAUGCACAGUGAAGUUAAACCAUACAACUGUGAUUUGUGUGGAAAGUCUUUUAACCGUCCUGGAAACUUAAAAACUCACCAACUCAUACACAGCGGAGUUAAAGCGUACAGCUGUGACUUGUGUGGAAAGUCUUUUACCCAGUCUGGAAAUUUAAAAAAACACCAACUCAUGCACAGUGGAGUUAAAACGUACAGCUGUGAGUUGUGUGGAAAGUCUUUUACCCAGGCUGGAAACUUAAAAAGACACCAACUCGUCCACAGUGGAGUUAAACCAUACAGCUGUGAGUUGUGUGGAAAGUCUUUUAACCGUCCUGGAAACUUAAAAACUCACCAACUCGUCCACAGUGGAGUUAAAGCGUACAGCUGUGAGUUGUGUGGAAAGUCUUUUAACCAGUCUGGAAGUUUAAAAACGCACCAACUCGUCCACAGUGGAGUUAAAGCGUACAGCUGUGACUUGUGUGGAAAGUCUUUUACCCACCCUGCAAGCUUAAAAACACACCAACUCAUGCACAGUGGAGUUAAAGCGUACAGCUGUCACAUUUGUGGAAAAACUUUCCGCUGGCUAGUCAGCCGAAACAUUCACCUACGCAUUCACACCAAAAAUGAUGUUUACUGCUGUGAUCAGUGUGGUAAAGCUUUUGUGACAUACAAAAACUUACAGCAGCACACGUUUACCCACACUGAGGAGAGACCUUAUAAAUGUGACCUGUGUGAGAAGACUUUUAAAUCUCCACAUUACCUCAAAUCACACCAAAAGAUUCACAGCAGAAAGAAACUCUAAAAGUGCAGUUACUGUGAGAAGUAGAGCGACACAGAUGGAUCCAGUUCUCAACCCUAUCGUCACUGUGGUAGUGGGAAAGAGUUUCUCUGUGGCUUUUGUGAAAAAGCUUUCAAUCAUCAAGAGAACCUAAACAACAUCAACUCAGACACACUGGAGACAAAACGAACUACUGCAAAGAAUGUGGGAGAGGCUUCCCUAAACCAAGUGAAUUAAACCAAAAUUAACUCUGUCACAUGGGGUCAAAAACCAUCUCUCAUUCACCACUGCGGAUCAUCUUAAAGUGCAUGGAAGAGUCCACACAGGAGAGAAACCAUACAAAUGCAGAAACUGGGAGAAAAGUGUCUCGCUGUCAGGAAGUCGUAACAAACAUGAACGUACAUACAUGGAGGGGAAACUACAGCUGUGACCAGUGUGACAAAUCAAAACAUUUCACACCCAUUGAUUUUGAAAACCUUCAAUAUGAACUAAAGCCAUCAACAGGAUGUGAAACGACCACUGAUGUGACUUUAUAUCCAAGAAAAAGAUAAAAACUCAAGCUGAUCUGGGUCUGGGUUGUACUUUGGUGUAUUACCACCUUAAACAGCUUGAUCUUUUUGUGGUUUCAUUGACUCAGUUAUGUCAGAUUUCCUCUCUGUCCUGGUCUGGAUGCUCAUCUGUAAAGAAGUAAAACUCGGAUGGUUCAGUGGUCUCUAGCAGCUGAUUAGUGAUCCAGCACUUCUGUGUAUCAUGCAGUUGUGCUUCUUUUCCUCUUGUGUCGACUCAGCUCAGUUACUCGGUUAGAGGGUUCCACAUAUACAAGAAUCCUUCCUGGAAUCAGUUUUUUGGUAUGACGUGUUCUUGGGAAGACGUCACACCACCACCACUGUGUCAGGCUGUUUCUGUGAUCUUCUUUUAAUGCCACGUGUAACGGGACUCAAAUCUCUCGAAAAACUACAGCUUCCGUCUCAUUUACCAGAUGUGAGAUGAGCCUUUCUGUUGUUGAAUCUCUCCCCCCAUUGAAUCUCUUAUUGCUGAAUCAUGACCUCUGACCUUAUCGAAGCUAAGUAAGGCCUGCAGGUCUUUAGAUGAUGAUCUGGGUUCUUCAGUGACCUCCUGGAUUAGUCAUCGAUGCACUCUUGCAGUAUUUCUAGUCAGCCAGUUGCUCCUGGGAGGCUUGAGUACUCUUCCAUUUUUCCUGUAGUGUGGAUAAUGGCUCGUAGUUCGCUUGAGUCCCAAAGCCUAAGAAAUGACUCUGUAACCUUUUCAUACUGAUGUCAGUGACUUUGUUUCUCUGCUGUUUCUUUUGAUCAUAGCAUGAUGUGCUGCUGUGUGAGGUCUUUCAGCCGGCUUCUAUACAUGGUCAGGUUGUUUUUCAUACCUUUUUACCCUUAACAAAUGAAACCAUUUACAGACUAUUUUCCACUGACCCAGGUAACCUUUGUCAUAUUUCUUUCCUUUUUGAUCAUCUGAAACAUUCAAAUGUUGAGUCCUUCAGGUGUAACCUUGACUGUUUUCCCAGUUGCAGCUUAAGCUAGGCUUAAUCCUUCCUUUUUAGACUACUGCUUAGCCACAACCAGCUGUGACAAUGUUUAUGGCUGGUUUGGUUAAAGUGCCAGUUUAGUAAAUAGGAGAGGGCUCUCAAUCCCAGCAGUGCAUAAAAACGUGAGUUCUCUGUCAUUGCUCACUUUCUGUAAGAAUGUCAUGGCCCUGGGUCUUUUGACCCAGCGUUUUGUGUUUUCUAUUAUUGUGAUGUAUUUUGGUUCUGGUUUUCUCUUUCUUUGGGUUUUGGUUCUGUUCUUCCCCAGUUUAGUAUUUAGGCUUUUCUGCCUGUGUAUUCCUGUGUCAAGUCCGGGUUUCUUAGUCUGUGUCUUUGCAUGUGUGAGUUCUUGUUUUAUUUUGUAGGUCUGUGUCUCUCGUCAGUGUUUCUAGUUUCACUCCUCUUGUCCCGUUAUGUCCAAUUACUCCCAGCCGUGCCUCCGUCUGUUUCAGGUCUGUUUUUUUGUUUAGCUCUUACCAGUUUAGGUUACUCCCUGGGGUCCGUUCUUCAUACCUCGCCUUUGUAAGUUAGCUGGAUUUGAUUGUUGACGAUUUCGCGUGAUCUUGGAUCGUUUGGUUCUCCGAAGCUCGUACGGGACUUGCUGUCAUAGUAACAGAUCCGUAAGCGUAAACCUGCUCGGGAGCAGGUUUACUUUAUGUAAACAGGAUUAGAUCGCGGCUACGCAGGUAU